GGAAGCUUUAAAAAGGCAGUAGAAGCGGCCAGGGCGGGAUAGACGCACUCUUUUCUCCGUCUUUGCCGUAACGCGCCGCCGUAUGGAUUCUCGACAGGAGGAGUUUUUCCACUGGGUCACACUCCGCAGGGCGCUUCUCCACUUCGGCUCGGACGCUUCACCUACUCCGGAACACUGACUCUGAACUGUGCUUGUGCUUUUCUCUGCUCUCUCCUCUGUGCGUAAUUUAGGCGAUCGGUGCGGCGACAUCCGAACAACAGCGAGGAGAGGAACGCAACUCAAUUUUCGGGACUAAGUUUGGGAAAAUGGAAGUCGUGUGGUUGGAUCUAGUGUUGCUUUUGCCCAUGCUGCAGAUCCCCGGCGUGCUAACACUGUCCACACAUAUGGCUUCCAUCUAUCCCCAGGAUCCUGUCCUGCGCAUGGGCUCCAACCUGACGGCCAGCUGCUGGGUGCACCCUGAGCUGGGGGUGCAUGCCAGCUCUCUGUUCUGGACCCUGAACGGCCAGCCUCUGGCCAGCUCUCUGUACAGAGUGCUCAGCCCCAACAACCUCAGUGUGACGCUGGUAGGACUCAACGCUUCCAGCCAAAAGUCUGGUGACAACCUGGUGUGUCACAACCACAAGGGCCACAUCCUGGCCGGCUCCUGCCUCUACGUCGGCAUGCCUCCACAGAAGCCAGUGGCUCUGACCUGCUGGUCCAGGAACACCAAAGACCUGACCUGCAGCUGGGCCCCAGGGGGAAGAGGAGAGACCAACAUCAGCACACACUACACCCUCAAAUACAAGCGCAGGUGGUACGAUGAGGAGAAGAAGUGUGAGGACUACAGCAUAGGUCAGCCCUACGCCUGUCGCAUCACCAGAGACCUGUAUCUGUUCACACCCUACGAGAUCUGGGUGGAGGCCUCCAACCAGCUGGGCUGGGAAGUGUCUGACGUGCUCACUCUGGAUAUCCUAGACGUGGUGACCACCGACCCCCCCUCCGGCGUGACGGUCAGCCGCGUGGGGCAGUUGGAGGACCAGCUCAGUGUGCGCUGGGAGGCUCCGCCCGCUCUCAAAGACUUCCUGUUCCAGGCCAAAUACCAGAUCCGCUACAGACUGGAGGACAGCCAAGACUGGAAGGUCAUAGAAGAUGUGGGGAACCAGACUUCGUGCCGACUGGCUGGACUCCGACCGGGAACAGUCUACUUUGUCCAAGUGCGCUGUAACCCUGUGGGCAUCUACGGUUCUCGCAAAGCUGGCAUCUGGAGCGAGUGGAGCCAUCCGACUGCAGCCUCCACCCCGCAGACUGUGAUCAUGAGCGGCUCGUGCGACUCCAAAUCCAGCGCCGACUCGAACUCGACCCUGCGCCGCGAGCUCAAGCAGUUCUUCGGGUGGGUGCGCAAACACGCCUACGGCUGCAGCAGCAUGUCCAUGAAGAUGUACGACCAGUGGAGGGGGCUCAUGCAGAAGUCGCACAAAACUCGCAACCAGGUAGGUUCUACAAGGGGAUAAAUCGUAGCGCGGGAUGACGGAUGGACCGUAACGAAAAAACAAAAAACUUGAAACUGAAUUUUGUUUGGAACGAAUUUUUUUUUUUCGGAUACGAAGGUGGACAUUCGGUUCGAAAACGCCGCGUUGUUUCUAGCAAAAAGACACUUGGAAAAAAAACGAGUGUAAGCUGGCAAACGCAACGCUACCAGCCCGAGAUCGUGGACUCACAGCGCCCUCUUCUGGCUGGGACGGCGUAGUACAAACUCGAGUGACUGAUGCGAGGCCCUUAUUUUUGUACUGAGCUCAAACGGCGUAUUUAAAACUGUGUAAAAGUUUUGUAAUGCUUAAAUUAUGUUAAGAACGUUAGCUGACUGAAGGCUUAUUCCACAGUCCAUUGUACAUUUCUUAUGCUGUGUGAGGAGUUAUAUAAUUAGUCCAUUGUAAUUCUGUUAUUGUAUUGUAUCAGUGAUAUAUUUUUAUUUAUUAUGUAAUGUAUAGACGUAUUUGUAUCAACUGUUUGAAUGUGUAAAAGACAAAAGUACAUUUCAUAUGUUGUUUUAUCAUAUCGAACCCGGGGCUGCAGUGAUUCAUUGGAAUAACUGAGAUAAAUCGGCAGCGGUGAGAGUACUGACUAUUUAUACUCAAGUAAAAGUACAGUUACAUGGCUAAAAUAUACUCAGUUACAAGUACAGGUUACACAAUUGUACUUAAACAUCCUAUAUUACAAACUGAAGACGUUAGAAUGCUGUUACCUCCUUAAAACCAUAGCUGGAGUUGUGUUUUGUUUCAUUCACACAUAUUUGAGUACCGUAUUUUUCUGACUUUAAUUCCCUCCGUAGUAUAAGUCGCACCAGCCAAAAAAUGCGUAAUGAAGAAGAAAAAAACAUGUAAGUCGCACUUUUUUGAAGAAAUUUAUUUUAUAAAGUCAGAGACCAGGAACUAAAAUUUCAUCUUGAAAGGCAAGUUCUAAUAAUAGCAAUAGAAGAGAGAACAACAGACUGUUAACGUCACAUAUGAACAGUUCUUCAGAUAAACUAUAACAUAAACAACAGAACAGAACAAGUUUACCAAACUCUCCAUCUCACUCCAAAUCACUAAAUCCAUUGAAUUCUUCAUCCUCGGUGUCACUUCUGAGCAACUCCACGACCUCCAGAGGUAAACAGAGCACCACUUCCUCUACUGCGUAGUUGUCAUCAGACUCAGCAUCAGUUCCAGUUAGAAUUAUUCCAGUCUUUCUGAAUCCCGACAGGAUGGUUUUGGUGUCACUGAAGUCCAGGCUUUGUCCAUCCAUCCAGUGACUUCCAGGAAGUACCCUCUUGAUGUCACAAGUUUCUCGCUCAUUCCAAACUUUCUUUCUACUGCUCGAUUAUCGUUUUCAGCUGCUUAUUUCUCCACUUGCAGCUUGUAACCAGCAAAAUAUGAUUUUUUUGGGGAGCAUUUGUGUUCAGUCUUCUCAGUCGUCUUUAUAAAUUUGUUUAAAUUGUAAAUUUUCAGUGGUUCAGAAGUAAUGGUGUGAUCGACUGACAUGAUACAGACAGGACAGAGGCUCUUUCUGCAAUAGACGUGCAGUAGAGCCAAGUGACAGUGGUACAGGAGUAAUAAAAGUAACAGAUACUGACACACAGCGCCCUCUGUCAGUGUGAAAAUUUUUAUACAUAAGUCACACUGGAGUAUAAGUUGCAAGACCACCUAAACCAUGAAAAAAGUGCCACUUAUAGUAAAAAAAAAUUGAUAAUCUGUUUUUAUUAGUCUCUUCUAAGCUCAAAAUGCUCUGUUCCACCUUGUGAUGUCAUGAAGCAGUAGUUUUCAGCACCUCCUUUUACUUUUAGUUUAGUAGAGAUUGUCAAUUUCAGAGAUGAAAUGAUCCAUAUGAUUCUAGUGAAGGUGCAUUGAUUUUUAAAAUACAGUGAAGCACAAGAAAUGGACUAAGGAAGUGUGAUGUCACCCAUAGCGUUCGGCUCCAGUCAAAUGAAGCUCAUCGAGGCUUGCAGCUAUGGGGUUAGUUUGGUGUCGAGUUCCAUAUUAGGAAUAGGAACUGAUAUACGGACAAAAUAGUGAAAUAAAAACACCAGCAUCAUGUAGAGUGGGUAAAUACAAACAUUUUAAGACCAAAAUGAGGAGCCUGACAACAGCAGCUACAGAAAAAGGGGCGACGUUUAUCAAUGCAAAGUAAACUGGAGCUGGAGUCAAUGGAACCGGAAGCACAACCAUGUUCACUUUCCUAUUUAUACAGUCUGUGCUGUUAUCUGGA